GGGAGACCGGAUAUAGUGAACGCAGGGUCCGGGGAGACCGGAUACAGUGAACGCAGGGUCCGGGGAGACCGGAUAUAGUGAAUGCAGGGUCCGGGGAGACCGGAUAUAGUGAAUGCAGGGUCCGGGAGACCCAGAUAUAGUGAAUGCAGAGUCCGGGGAGACCAGGAUAUAGUGAAUGCAGGGUCCGGGGAGACCGUAUAUAGUGAAUGCAGGGUCCUAGGAAUGCAGGAUAUAGUGAAUGCAGGGUCCGGGGAGACCAGAUAUAGUGAAUGCAUGGUCCGGGGGGAGACCAGAUAUAGUGAAUGCAGGGUCUGGGGAGAGCAGCUAUAGUGAAUGCAGGGUCCGGGGAGACCAGAUAUAGUGAAUGCAGGGUCUGGGGAGAGCGGCUAUAGUGAAUGCAGGGUCCGGGGAGACCGGAUAUAGUGAAUGCAGGGUCCCGGGGAGA